AUGGAAGCUCAUACAAUGAUUGAUGAAGUAGACAAAACUUUACGCGACUUUCAAUGUGACGUUCCAUAUCAAUUUUUUAAAUCAUUUAUUUGUGAUCUGACACAAUGUGUGGUGGAUUCCAUUGUAAUUGGAAUAUUUAUUAAUUUUAUGGUUUGUUUACGCUAUCGGUUUCGUGUGAUUAAUGAGUUACUUGUACGUAAUUCUAAACAAAGUGUCACUACUAAUAUACGUUCAUUAGAAUCUGAGCGCAUUUUAAACGAACAAGAAAUCGAUGCAUUGACAAAAACGCAUGAGAAACUAUGUGAUGUUAGUGAUUCGAUAAGUGAUGCAUUUAGUUUGGUUUUAUUUUGUGAUAUGGCAUAUUUGUUCGUGUUAGUUAUAAUCGACGUGUACCUUGCAAUAAAACUGUUUAUUUUGUUGUUUACGACCGAUAUGAAUGCAGAUGUGGACGAAGAUCGCAUUAGUUUUUGGUUCGCGGUCGCUCAGCAACUCACAUGUGUGGUGGCGAUUUUUUCCAUAAAAUUAAUAUUAUUAGUAUUGAGUGCAGAGUUAGUGAUUGGUGAAGCAUCAAAAACGCAUGCGUUUGUACAUAAAUCAAUUAACUGUUACGAUGAGGAUUCAAUUAGAAAUAAACUAACAAUUUUUCUAACGCAAUUAAUCAACAGAAAACCAACUUUUACACCUUGUGGAUUAUUUGAGUUAAAUUUGCCACUUCUAUUAUCGAUGGUUGGGACGUUAUUUACGUAUAUCAUAAUUCUUAUCCAAUUUGUCGAAUCAGAUGCAGGAUGUAAGCAGUUUUUAACAGAAAUUACCGAUAAUUCUACAAAUUCAAGUCUAGAAAUUGUUGCGAAUGAUACAAGCACAAAUAUGACAAAUAAUUUAAUGAAGUUAAUUGAAUCUGGAAAACAUUUACCGAAUUCAUUUCGUCUACAGUCAACAUGUGAAUAA